GUAAAAUGAAACUUGUGGUUGUGAAUUGAGGGAGUAACAAGACCAGAUCAUGUGUGAUUGAGUUUUAAAGUUGUCUUCUUCUUCUUCUUCUUUUUUCUUGUCGGAAAGAUGAUGAUUAGCCAUAUGGCGAAAAGCCAUGGUUUAAUCAGAUUGUUGAAGAAGCCAUGUGAUGGAUGUCUACGUUCUCCUCUCUUUCUACGUUUUCCGGCUGAUGGGUUCUCUGCGUUUCGCAGUUACUCCCUGACGAGGAGCAGAUUCAUGUCCACGGAUCCGAUAGUUGGAGAAGAGGCGAGGAACGGUGGUGUUACAAUGCUUCCGGCUGUUGAGGACAAGUACGGUGGCGUCAUGACGGAGAUGAGUCGUCCCAUGGAUCCUUCUGCCUUCUCUGCACUUCUCAGAUCCUCUCUCUCUAACUGGACUCUUCAGGGAAAGAAGGGAGUGUGGAUCAAAUUGCCGAGGCAGCUUAUCGGUCUUGCUGAAACUGCUGUUAAGGAGGGAUUCUGGUUUCAUCACGCGGAGAAAAACUACUUGAUGCUUGUGUAUUGGAUUCCAAAACAAGACCAUACCCUUCCUUCCAAUGCAUCUCACCGUGUUGGCAUAGCCGCCUUUGUUCUAAACCACAAGAAAGAGGUGCUAGUGGUUCAAGAGAAGACAGGAAGAUUUAAAGGCCAAGGUAUCUGGAAGUUCCCCACUGGAGUAGUCAAUGAGGGAGAAUACAUCCAUGAUGGCUCGGUCAGAGAGGUGAAAGAGGAGACAGGAGUGGAUACAGAGUUUGUCCAAGUAUUGGCUUUCAGACAAACCCACAAAGCUUUCUUUGAAAAAUCAGAUUUGUUCUUUGUCUGCAUGAUGAAGCCUCUUUCUUUGGAGAUCAAUGCACAAGAGUCUGAGAUAGAGGCAGCUCAGUGGAUGCCAUGGGAGGAAUACAACAAGCAACCAUUCGUACAGAACCAUGAGCUGUUAAGGUAUAUGACAGACAUCUGCUCUGCUAAAACCAAUGGAGACUACGAAGGCUUCACUCCUCUCCCCGUCUCUGCACCUGAUCUACAAGGCAACUUGUACUUCAACAACCGCGACCUCAGUUCUCGCCAAUAACAUUUCUUUCUCACAACAAG